AUGCUCUGUUCUCCCAGAUUUUCCAACGGUGUAUCGACUUCUAAGGCUAUGGGAAGUCCUCACACGCCUGGACUGUUCCAUUCAGCGCAUGAAUACACAUCACUUGCCCUUGUGGUCUCCUUGUCUAGUAUCGCCGCCAGUGACCCGAAAUCAAGAAUAGAAGUUGGGCUGUCUCAGGAACUGUCUCCUCCUUGUUGCGCGAUCUCUGGGAAGAAAGUUUUCUGGAAGAAUGGCUGCGCCCCUGGGCUAUUCUGGUACAAUGUACUUGACCCUGGACCCAACACAACUGUCGCACGAGGUCCAGGUAGUAACAUUGGUGGAAAGACAUCGAACGACCCAGAAAAUACCAAAAUUGCCAUGUUGGCACAUAUUUACGAACUUUGGGCGGCAGGCCUCGUAGCCAUCCAUCCCGAAACAUUCCUCGUCCGCUGUUUUGUACCCUCGGACGUGAUCAGUGAUUACGACGGCAAGGGAGCUAGCUUCUCAGACUUGGAGCUUCCAAAUAGAGGGUCCCUCCGCCUUCACUACGAGAAAUGUGUCUGGGUAAACACAACGGCGUCCCUCCCUCGGAUUAUCCUUGAAUUGCCCUUGAUAGCCAACAACGACAGCAUUAUCCAUGGUACCUUAGAGACAACCAUCGAGAAUAUAAAAGCUCUAGGAGUCGUUGAUGCAACAUGUCGCGAAUACUGUACGCAAAAGUGCCUUCUAGGACUGAAGAAUGGCGAUCUAUCUGACGAGGGAUGUCCCAACUACGUCAAGCACAAUUGGCCUCAGAGAACCAAGGACUCACCACAGCAACUCAAUGACAAGUCCUUCAAUUUCCUGGUUCAAAAACAACUCGAAAUAGACCAAAGUCGUUUCUGUCAACAGCCUGCCGUGUCCAAUCAAGGCCAUUACGCGGAAUUCUUCAAGGUGACUCUUGCAGGUUUCGGAUAUACCUUUUGCGCCAAGGGGGUAGCCGUGGACGACCAACACAGGCUGAUUAAUGAAUACAUAAUGUACCAGAAAAUGGCCGAUGCUCAAGGAGUUUGUGUACCGGUGUGUCUGGGACUGUUCGCCUUACAACGUCCUUUUGGGAGACAGGCAGUCAGCGGUCUGGAGAUCACACAUAUGCUUCUGAUGUCUAACGCUGGCACAUCUGUCGAGACAGAACUUUCGAUGGUAGAUAAGUGCGGCACACCAUCGGAGGAUGUUUUGCAGAAGGAGUCUGAUCGUACAAUGAAGGAAAUCAGAGACACAGGUGUCGAUCGCCACGACGGGCGCAGGAAGCGUCUAUACUGGAAUGCGGAGCGCGAGCGUGUCUUCUAUAGACUUUGA